UCGUGCUGCCAAGAAAACUCCCUUCAUUGUCGCUAGGCACCGGCAGAGCUGUAUCCGAAUCGCCUAUGUUGCCGAAAUGGCCUGGCUCCAAAACUGCAGUAUCAGAGACAAUAUCUUGUUUAAACUACUUUAGGAUCAAGAGCGUUAUAAAGAGGUACUCUUUAUGGCGGCACUGACAAAGAAUUCAGCAAUAUUGGAGUAUGGCGAUCAAACUGAAAUUGGUGAGAAAGCUAUCACGUUGAGUGGCGAACAAAAACAACGUGUGUCCAUUGCGUGCGCCGUAUACUCACAGGCGGAUACUAUUAUUCUGGAUUACUGCCUUAGCGCUUCGGAUGCUCAUACGGCCAAGCAUCUGUAUAAGCACUGUCUCACCGGCGAGUUCCUGCAAGACCGGACCGUUACUUUGGUUACGCACCAUGCAAAUCUCUGUAUAAAGGGCGCAGAAUAUGUGGUAGCGCUCACGGAUAGCAAGGUUGCAGCUGCAGGCAAGCCACAGGUUGUUGUUGCAACGAUUAUGCUUGGUGAUGAAGUUGUUCUCUCCUCUAGCGAUGAUGAGGAUACGUUGACCACGACAACGAUGUGAGCCGAUACGAUUGCAGCUACUGCUUACACAAGAUCAUCGGUCAAAAAGAGAAGAAACACAUGUUUGAAGGGCAAGGAUAACACCACACGUGGUACAAGAAAUGGUGGACAACUGACAAAGGAAGAAGCCAGAGCUGAAGGUGGCGUCUCAUAAAA